AAAAAAAAUCAGAAAUAAAAAUCAAUUCCUUCAAAAAGAAAAUUAAAAAAAUAUCUCACGAUUCUCUUCUCUCUCUCUCUCUCUCUCUCUGUACAAAAUGGAACCCAACGAAAGCCAACGCCACCACCUAAGCUCCUACUUCACCACCAUCACUCCUGCCACCACUACCCCUUCGCCGACCAAUGGCCUUCUGCCGCCGCCUCACAAUUCCGCUUCCGAUAGUGGUGGUGGUCCUCAUAUGCUGUAUCCACAUUCCGUGGGUCCAUCCUCGGCCGCUGUCACCACUGCACCAGUGGAGCCCCCAAGGAGGAAGCGAGGCAGGCCGAGGAAAUACGGUACGCCAGAGCAAGCUCUGGCUGCUAAGAAAACGGCGGCUUCUUCGAAUUCUGUUGCCAAGGAGAAGAGAGAAGGCGCUACUUCGUCGUCUCCUCCGUACUCGGGUUCAUCAAGGAAGUCUCAACAGUUGUUUGCUCUUGGCAAUGCAGGGCAAGCUUUUACUCCACAUGUUAUAACUGUGGCUGCUGGCGAGGAUGUAGCUCAAAAACUUAUGAUGUUCAUGCAACAAAGUAAGCGUGAGAUGUGCAUUAUGUCUGCGUCUGGUUCAAUCUCAAAUGCAUCCCUCCGGCAGCCAGCAACUUCAGGAGGCAACAUUACAUACGAGGGUCGGUUUGAGAUCAUUUCAAUAUCUGGAUCAUAUGUGCGCACCGAUAUUGGAGGGAGAACAGGUGGGCUCAGUGUAUGCCUAUCUAAUACAGAUGGACAGAUCAUUGGAGGAGGAGUUGGUGGACCUCUAACAGCUGGUGGCCCUGUUCAGAUCAUUGUUGGUACAUUUCUGCUUGACAAGAAGAAGGAAGCUAGCACUGGUGUGAAAGUUGAUGCGCCUACCAGCAAGUUGCCUUCUCCAGUUGGAGAAGCAUCAAUAUCAAACAUUGGCUUCCAUUCUCUCAUUGAAUCAUCUGGGAGGAAUUCAGUCAGGGGAAAUGAUGAUCAUACAAAUAUCGGAGGAAAUCCUUUCAUGAUUCAUCCUCGGGGAAUGCAUAUGGCACCUUCAAGGACCACAGAUUGGCUGGGUGGUCCAGAUGCCAGAGUGAAUACCGGUUAUGAAUUGACAGGAAGAGUAGGUCAUGGAGCUUACCAAUCCCCUGAAAAUGGGGACUAUGAACAACUUCCAGACUAGAGAUUAGUUUUGGGCUUUGAAUCACCAUUCUCCCAUCUUUCCCUCUCUCCCUAAAUGACGUAGGUACUUUGACAAGAGAAAAUACAUGGUACAACUUUUUUCAUCUCCUGUGGAAUGUAACAUGGGUAUAUCUGUACAGAUUACUUGCACUCUUAACCAUAACUCAUGCUUUCUUAAAUUAUCCUCAAAAUUAAAAGUGUUGGCAUUAAUAA